AUGCUAGAUGCCGCUUGCUUCCCGCACCUAGUCGACCUCGUCUUCGAACACGCCUUGUACGAUUCGCUACUCGCCCUCCGCACCGCGUCGAAAAGCUUCCGCCAAGCCGCAGACGAUCGCUUGAUUGAAGAGAUCAUCGUCAGCAGAGAGUGCAAAGACGGCGAAUCAUGGUGCUACGUCUUUCAUCCGUAUGGCGGGGUGCCAGCAUUGAUGGAAUUCAAUGAAGCGGCGUUCAAGCACACCCAUGGCUUGGAGCACCGCGCGAGUUAUCCAAUGCUGGCCCCAGACGCUUUCGCCAAGACCCGCAACGUCUCCUUCUUUGGGGUAGUCCACUUGCCGCAGCUCUUCCUCGUCGAGCAUGGCUUGCAACCGUCCUUUGCGGCCUUUCUGGACUCUCACACAACCUAUCCCGAAUUGGUGGCCAAUUGCGAAACGGUCGUAGCUUGGGGGCGCACUCCUCCCUUUAUCAACUCUAACGGGGAGCCUAGACCUGCAGUAUUCCGCAAAGACUGCCCUCUCCUCUCUUCCAAGACGAAGAAACUGGUCUACAACAUCGGCCAUCAGCAGUCACCACAUCCAUGGACGGGAUUCGAAGGCGUCAAAGAAAUCGUUUUCAUCCUCCCACCGUAUCGUGACGACCAUUAUACAGGGGCGCCGGUGUCCUUGUUAAACCUGAUGGAGAUGAUAGGGCACUGGAAAUGGGCUCCACUCACUAUAGUCGGUGCAAACUGCCUUCCUGUGCACCCCUGCCCGUACGAUGGAACCGACGAUCCCUACGUGGCAUUCCGCAAUUGCCUUGUGGAUGCUUACGGAGACAGGUAUAGCGGCAAAAAGCGCCCUUCCCGGUGCAAGAAGAUGAAGGCUGUCAAAAAGAUCAAGUUUAUUGCACACCGUGAAUACUACCACCUGGUGGGACACAAAACGUACAGCCAUGAAACCCAUACGUUCAUGUCCCCGAAACAGGUGGACAGUUUUCCUUUCCCUGACGACAAAGACGCCGAGCUCCCCAAGGUAUAUACAACCCCUUUCCCCGACGACGACGACGACGAGAUCUUCAACCGACCAUAUCCCCAGACCGUUGGGGACGAACCGUGUGGCCCUUAUGGUCUCCGUCUUGGAGCGACCAGUGACAAAUUCGACUCGUUUGGAUUUCGCUCUGUUGGCGACAAAUAUGACUUGGGUGGCGACGAAUACGACUUGGUUGGCAACGAACGCGACCUGGCUAUUGAAGAACACGAUCGGACUGGCGACGAACACGACUUGUCUGGCAACGGAUACGACUUGGUUGGCGACGAACACGCCUUGGCUGGCAACGAACGCGACCUAGCUAGUGAAGAACACGAUCGGACUGGCGACGAACACGACUUGUCUGGCAACGAAUACGACUUGGUUGGGGACGAACACGCCUUGUCUGGCAACGAACACGACCUAGCUAGUGAAGAACACGAUUGGACUGCCGACAACCAACAUUCCACUGGCGAAGAACAAGAUUCGAGUGACGAAUACGGCGAGCAAAUCCUCGACAGGACGGAGUGGCGGAGAACCGGAUUCAAGUGA